AUGGAUGAUAUUGCUGAUAGGAUGAGAAUGGAUGCUGGAGAAUUGACUUUAGUGAACCACAACUCCCUAUUCAAAACCCAUCUUCUGCCACAAACAGGUUUUCCAGAUGACCAGCUUUCACUUUCUGAUCGUCAGGUUUUACCUUCCAGUCAAGGAAAUUUGGACCCAUCUUUUACAUGUUCCACAAGAAGUGCACCUUAUAAUCCAAAUUACUAUUCAGACAACCCUUCCUCAGACAGUUUUCUUGGCUCAGAGGACUUAAGGAACUUUGCUAAGAGUGUGAACGGCCAGUGGAGAAAUUCCACUCCAACAUCAGGGUCAACUUUACAGAAAUCAAGAAACAGUCGAAGUCUUUACCUUGAAACCCGAAAGACCUCUGGUGGAUUGUCAAACACCUUUGCUGGGAAGUCAAACAAUCAUUGCCAAUGUGUCUGCGUAUGAAAAAAAUCUUUUCCUAUUAAGCCGGUUCCAAGUCCAUCAUGGAGUGGUUCAUGUCGUAGAAGCCUUUGAGCCCCAAGAAAAACUCAGAGGCGACAUAAUUAUCAAGAAGAAGAAAGAGAAAUUUACAGACAACUGCUACAGAUAGUCACAGGCAAACAGUUCUCUAUAGCCAAACCCACCACUCAUUUUCCUUUACAUUUGUCUCGGUGUCUUGGUACUGGUAGAAAUUCUUUGAAAGAACCACUCUUUAAAAACGGCAGUUCUUAUACUACUCAAGUCAUUGCUUCUGAUACGUCAUCAUCUGGGUCUGCCAGCCUUUUAACUCCACAGGAUCAAUUUUCCCAUAAUGUUUUUUCCACAUCAUCUCAUACCCCAGAUGCAUUUGGACCCAAAGAUUCUGAUCCUCUCCAUCAACCAGAGCAUCACUACCCUUUUCCAGCUCAGCCUAAUAACUUAUCAGCUUCAAGUGAACAAUCUAAAGGAUCAGACUCUGUGAUUUUACUCAAAGUUAAAGAAUCCCAGACUCCAACUUCCAGCAAAGAGAUUUUCCAGGCAGAGCUGUGGAUCAAAGAAUUAACUAGUGUUUAUGAUUCUCGAGCACGGGAAAGAUUGCGCCAGAUUGAAGAGCAGAAAGCACUGGCAUUACAGCUUCAAAACCAGAGACUACAGGAACAAGAAUGUACAAUUCAUGAUUCAGUAGAACUGCAUCUUCGUGUACCUCUUGAAAAGGAGAUUCCUAUUACAAUUCCUCAAGAAACAGGAAACACAGGCCAGAGGUUAAAUGAUAGUGAAGAGGAAUUUCCCGAAAUCACAGAGGAAAUGGACAAAGAAAUAAAGAAUGUAUUUCGAAACGGGAAUCAAGAUGAAGUUGUGAGUGAAGCAUUUCGAUUAACCAUUACACGCAAAGAUAUCCAAACUCUAAACCAUCUGAAUUGGCUCAAUGAUGAGAUCAUCAACUUCUACAUGAACAUGCUAAUGGAACGAAGUAAAGAGACGGGAUUGCCAAGUGUGCAUGCAUUUAAUACCUUUUUUUUUACUAAGUUUAAAACUGCUGGCUAUCAAGCUGUUAAACGUUGGACAAAAAAAGUAGAUGUAUUUUCUUUUGACAUUCUUUUGGUUCCCAUUCACCUGGGAGUGCACUGGUGUCUUGCCGUUGUGGACUUCAGAAAGAAAUAUAUUACCUAUUAUGACUCUAUGGGUGGAAUAAACACUGAAGCCUGCAAGGUCCUUUUAUAUUACUUAAAGCAAGAAAGCAUUGACAAGAAAAGAAAAGAAUUUGACUGCAAUGGCUGGCAGCUCUUCAGCAAGAAAAGCCAGGAAAUUCCACAACAGAUGAAUGGAAGUGAUUGUGGGAUGUUUGCUUGCAAAUAUGCUGACUGUAUUACCAAAGACAGACCAAUUAACUUCACACAGCAACAUAUGCCAUACUUUCGGAAGCGGAUGGUGUGGGAGAUCCUUCACAGAAAGCUCUUAUGAAGACUGACUCACAGACAUUGACCUUGUUGGGGACCAGCUUUUUGUUAUCUACAACCGGAGACCUUGGAAACAGCUGCUCACAACCCUCUGUUCUUAGAAAAUGCUUUAUCCUGGACCAGGCCCUGGCAAGAAGCAUUCACAAGCACAUCUGCCUUUCCUUUUGUAUCUCAGAUACUAUUUUUGCAAAGAAACUUCGGUGCUGCGAAAGGGGUGAGGGGCAUCUAAGCUGAAGAGAGAGACUGCUUUCCAAUUCUUCACUUCUGCCAUCUUAUUUCCAAAGGGCUCCAGCCUCACUCAUUCUUUAGUUGAGUAUUGGGAGAAGCUUGGAAAGACUCUUGGUUUCAUAUAAAUUCUUGUGGUUGGCCUUACUAAGUAUAUAGGAAAGGCCCUGGGCAAAAGGUAGGGAAAAAAAAACACCAGCAGAUUCAUGCACAUAUUAAUACACACUUGAUUUUCAAGAUGUAUAGUCAGGAAAAUGGCUAUAUUGAAGGUGAACUGGACUUUG